AUGUACAGCUUCAUGGGAGGAGGGCUGUUUUGUGCAGGAGUGGGCAAUAUACUCCUGAUUGUUUCCACAGCAACAGAUUAUUGGAUGCAGUACCGUCAUUCAAACAACUACAUGCAUCAGGGGCUUUGGAGAUACUGCAUGCCUGGAAAAUGCUUCACACACACAGGCAGCAUUGCAUACUGGGAUGCUACAAGAGCAUUCAUGAUCUUGUCUCUGUUGGCCUGCUUUAUUGGCAUGAUCAUCGGUAUUAUGGCUUUUAUCCAUUACUCCUCCUUUGACAGGUUUGAUAAAACCUUUGCUGCAGGCAUUCUGUUCUUUAUCUCAUUCUUUUUUGUGUUUCUGGCCAUGGCUGUUUACACUGGAGUUACAAUAAAUAACUAUGGUAAACACUAUGGUAACUGGAGGUUUUCCUGGUCCUACAUAAUCGGUUGGGUGUCUGUUGUGCUCACUUUCUUUUCAGGAAUUUUCUACAUGUGUGCAUACCGGAUGCAUGAAUGCCCCAGAAGUCCAAAUCCUCGUUAG